AUGUCCUCGUUGAUCGUGGUGCAUGAUUCGCGGAUGAUACUGUUGGAGGUGGCGGUGAAAAAUCUGUACAUGCCAUGGACGGACGUGUUCGACGCCGCGUUAAUGAAAAGGACGGUGAUACUAUUCCGAAUGUUGGACGACGAAUGGACGACGUUGAUGCCGAAUCGACGGGACUACCGCUCUUAUCGUGGCUCUAAUUACGAGAACGAGCAGUUCUACGGUGGAAGAUCCGUGCUGUUCGCCCUGCCGGAAGCUGUGCUCGAGGAGAGAAUGUCCGGGGUGGACUUGCAGUUGUACGUCUACAAGGGGCUGUCCAAGUACUUCGAGCUCGAGCCACGGCAGAACUUUGGAUUCACCCUACUCAACGUGGACGAUCUGCUUAACGGUAUUAUCAAGGACCUAGGCGAACGAAGAGAUCUCGAGGGUUAUUUUUCCAACGCUCUCCAACGGGAACCUAUAUCAAGGUCGACGCGUGGCACGUUCGUUCUGCUCGACGAGGAUCUACAAGAGACCGACGCCAGUAUCGAGCUCUACGUACGCAUCAGUUAUUUGGGCAAGAGUAUCAUAACCGAGAUGCACACCCCUUACGAAAUAGAGAAAGCGUUCUACGCUCGCGAGGAAGAAGACGAGAACUUCCAGUAUCAGUUCCGCGCGUUAACAACCGUCGAUCUGGAAUCCUUCUGUUGGGGAAGCCAAACGAUCUUACCGCCUCUUCAUCCGGAUCGGUUGAUCUGCGAUUGCAAAUCGCUGGAGAAGCCUGCGGAAGAAGCGACUCAGACGAGGAAGAAGAGACGGAAACGCGACAAGGACGAUUACAACGCGAGAUUGGCGGAGUUAGCGAGACUGUUGGCACUGAUGAAGAAGAUGAGGAAGAACCGGCCAGAUAUCAUGGCUAUGGGAGAACGAAAGAAAGUUUGCCCACCGGCACCGUGUCCCAACAUCUGCCCUUCGCCUUGUCCACCUGUCUGCGUUUACACUCUGCCUUCCGUUUGUCCCACUCCCUGUCAGCCAGCGACAGUUUGCUGUCUACCCACGGCCCGGUGA